AUGGGCAUCUGCACCUCAAAACGCACUCCUACUUCACCAAAAGUAGUUACCUCGAAUAAUUUGGUUGUUCCUAACAAAGACGCAUCUAUAGAUGCUUCUCCUCACACCCCCAAAUCCCCUAUUAACGAUAGUUUAUACAUAAUGACUGAUGGUAAGUUUUAAGCAGAUAUCAGCAAAUAUUACGAUUUACAAAAAAUCCUUGGCAAAGGUUUAUACGGAGUAGUUAGAUUAGGUGUCUCGAAGCUUGGAAGCCACCAAAAAUACGCAAUUAAGAGUUUGAAUAAGGAAAAAAUUAAAAGAGACAUCAAAUCACUGCAAAGAGAAUUAAUGAUCCUAAAAGCAAGCGACCAUCCUAAUAUAAUCAAACUCUAUGAAGUCUUUGAAGACGGAAAUUUUAUUCAUAUCGUCAUGGAGUUUUGCUCCGGAGGAGAGCUCUUUGAUAAAAUCAAUAAAAAAAACCGUUUCACCGAAAGAGAAUCAGCGCAUGUGGCAUUCAAAAUGUUCUACGGAAUUAACCAUCUGCACGCUAGCAAUAUUGCCCAUAGAGACUUGAAGCCUGAAAAUUGCUUAUUUGAUUCUAACAAAGAAGAUGCUGAGCUAAAAUUAGUAGAUUUUGGCCUAGCGAGUAGAUUCAGAGGAAAUGAUAUGAAAACCAUGGUCGGAACUGCACUGUACGUAGCUCCUGAAGUUCUGGGUGGAAAAUAUGGCCCAGAAUGUGAUGUAUGGAGUCUAGGAGUAAUUCUUUAUACAAUGUUUGCAGGAUAUCAACCAUUCAGAGGGGAAAGCAAUAAAGAAAUUUUCAAAAGCAUAAGAAAAGCAAAUAUAUCCUUAAAAGAGCCUGAGUUUGAAAGAGCUUCUAAAGAGUUUAAAGAUUUUAUUAAAAGAGUACUCUGCCCUGAUCCUAAUAAGCGAUUAACUGCAGUUGAAGCUUUAAGGCAUCCUUGAUUUUCAAUCAUGGGUGCUAACAGGGUCAAGCCUUUAGAUAUGAACCUUAUUUCACGUUUAAGAAGCUUCACAUCCUCGAAUCGCCUUCGAGUUGAAGCAGCACGAGUCCUUGCUAAAUUUAUGAAACCUAAUGAAGUUUCGUUUGUCUUAGACAAUUUCAAAGCCCUUGACGUUGAUCUCACUGGUUUAAUAACACAACAAGGGCUUGAGCAAUGCCUAUCUCUCCCCUCCGUAAAUGGAAAAAUUCUUAGUUUUAGGCAAAGUUUUUUUAACAUAAAAUUUUUUAUGACAAAAUAUUUUGAUAUAUAAGUAAUAAUUAUUAUAAUGAGAUCCUAGAUAAUUCUAUUUAAUUUUAAACAGCUUGCAUUUUUAAAAUAUAAUUUUACAAAUUAAAUAAAUAUUUGCUUUCCAAUUGGAAUUUUUUUUAAAAAAUAUUAGCCUAGUAAGCGAAAUAAAUUUUUUUGUUCGCUCACAGAGUGGGUAGUAAGAGCAGCAAAUAUAGAAAUUGCUCCUUUCGAAAUCACAAGUAUCAUGUCACAAGUUGAUUUAAACGGCAAUGGAAAAAUGAAUUAUUCAGAAUUUAUCAUUGCAACCUUGGACCCAGCUAUCACCCAGAAAGAAGAAAAUUUGAUGGCUGCAUAUAAAACUUUUGAUAUUGUAAUAUUUAUUUAGGAUGAUGUUGGAUAUUUUACAGGUUUACAAGUAAAGAGAGUGAUUGAGAAAUCAGGAAGGGCAAUUACUGAUGCUGAGAUUGAAGAAAUGAUGAAUCUUAGCUGGCUAAAAGUUACAGGAAGAGUUGAUUACGAAGAGUUUUGCAAAAUGUUUGAUGUAAAUAUUGGAUCGGCUAGGAGUCAAAUUUAG